CGUCAAACUCGGGGUACGUUCAGUACUUUGUCUCGGUGACCUUCAACUUGACGGAAAAUUAACGUCACUAGUGUCAACCAUGUCAAAGCGCUACAUCACUCUCACUUCACUUUUAGUCCUGGUGCAUUCCCUGAAACGACAAACCCCAUGCGACGACUCCUGGACCAUGAACUGCCCCAUUGAGUUGAACGAAACAGGUACCCCUUUUUAUUUGUACCGCUUCAAAACCAACCGCAUUGUCAUAAAAUUUUCGACCAAGUGCGACUUCGACAACGUUAAGUACUCGUGGAAAUUCUACUCCGAGCGUACUAAAAAAGAAUUUUACCAUAACGAUAAUACCAGUGUCAAGGUGGUACAACCGUACGAGUGGGACAACGGAGAGUAUGCCAUUUCGGUUGAGGUGUCGCUGCAACGAAACGGACUUCUGAUCCCAGAUUUCAUCGGAUGCGUACUCGAGAUGGUUUCGCUGGACCCAAUCCCGGUGAUUAAAGGCGGGAGUUACCGGAUGAUAGAGCCGGGGACUGUGUUGGUACUGGAUAGUUCGGGCUCUAUCGAUAGAGACGUACCGCCACAUGUACGUGGUACUAUAAUGGCGAAGUGGAGUUGUCGACUAAGUACCGGGAGCGGCGUUACCAGUUGUUUGGACGACGAAGAAGGCGAAAUUGUUACUUUGAAACCAGACUCGGUGGUCAACAACGAGUACUUGUUUAUUUUAAAAAUUAGAACUAAAAGUAACCCGAAAUGGGUGUCUACUAAUCAAACUGUGGUAGUUCAGGAAGGAGUGACUCCUUUAGAGAUUGUUUGUGUGAAGAACUGUCCUCCUGCAGCUCCUACUACUGAUAGUACCCGCGGUACUUUCCUUCGCGUCCGGUGUUUAAACAACUGUGACGAUAUUGAAGAAUCGUCGUACGAAUGGACUGUGGAUGGAGAUUUUGACUACGAGAAAAUGACACAGUUUGGACGAAAUACAGACAAGUUUGUGAUCAAAGAAAAUGUUUUUGAGUACGGUAACGACUACGUUGUGAGUGUCAAACUGGUAGACCGUCCCGGUAUGGCCAAAAAAACGUUACAGUUGCCACGUCCUAUCAAAAUUGACAGCUGCAAAGUCACACCACCGGAAGGAACCGCCCUUUCCACUAAGUUCACAGUCGAGUGUAACUUCACCGGAGUCGAAUUUAGUACCGAAGUAAUCGCAGUGAAUGACAAAAUAAGUACGUCUAUUGACACAGUACCGCUUGUUUUAAUCGCAGUUUUAGCUGUCGUUAUGACCACCAGUCCCCGUUUGAAAUUCUUGGAGUUUCUUCUUCCACUCGACGUCGACGCGUACCUCGGAAUAACCGACAUCAACGAUUAUCAAGACGUCUACAAACUGGAUGUCAAAGUAAGGUCUGACGAUAGCCAAGAACUCGCUUCGUUGAUCAGUUCCUUCAACCAGUCAAUCUCGCGCGCAGACAUCGACUCAGUGGUCCAAAUCACCAGUGGUAUAAUCCUAGAAAUGGCCAAAAAACCACCUUCUGAAACCAAGUCAAUCAAACAAACCCUAUUGCAAAAUCUCAACCAAAUCGACAUGCUAUCUGAACACGAAGCCCAACAAAUGUCGGCCCUUAUAGUUGCCCUCGUGCAUGACCCUAAAUCCGACUCAGACCCCUACCAAGGUCAAGUAGCCACCCAAAUUUGCAAAAAAGUGGCCGAUGUUCACCUACAAUCCACACAAAACGACUCCUUCCCCAGUACUUUGACCACAAAAAGUCAAAAAAGUGCAGCCACUUUGAUGAGUUGCGCCGAAACUGACACCAAAGAGAAUUUGGAAAUUAUGCAAUCGAAGCCGUUGACGUUCGACGUGACUACGCCAUUUCCGGUACUCGAUAUACCCGUGAUUGACGAAGAGUACCCCGAUUACGAAACAGAUCACUCGAUUUUUGAGAAACAGAAGAAGUACGAACUGGCGUCCAUAAACUCGAUGGAGAUAUGUAAGAUGAGUCUGGAGGCGUUGAGUCUCACGGUCGCCGAAGGCGAGGAGACUCUAACGGCCGAAAGUACCAAUUCCAGUGCUCAAAUCACUAAACUCGUUGGUACGACUUUAGUUAAGAAGGAAAUUGAGAUUCGCGGAGCCGUGCUUCAACCGUCGCGCGAUUUUGAAGAUGUUGAAGACGCUAUAGACGUUAUGGUGUGUUCGUGGGCUUACAAUCCCUUCUGGUGGAGCUCUUUCAGACGUACCAUUUUGACUAACGUACUUAUGGUUAAGUUUGUCAAAAGUGGCGAAGAGGUGAAUAGGUUUGAGAAACCUAACUUGGUACUAUUGAGUCUACAACAUGAACGCCAAAUUCUGAGACACCAGUUUGAAAUUGGCAACAACUCAAUAGUUAGAAUUGAUGUCAAAAGAGGUGAAAGUUUUUUCGUCGAAUUUAGUAAUUUGUCACAGAGUGACUCUGCACGGGUUUUGAUAACCAAUUUUGAUAAACCUGAAGUACUUGAGGUGAUGACGAAGGGUCGCGUUGUUACCAAGAGCGACAACGUUGUCUAUCAAGACGAAGAAAAUGGGUUUGAUAGUUGGUACUACUUAUCAAUUUUACCAGAAGCGGACAUGGGUCAACCUACUUGUUGGGUUAACAUCUUCACCCGAUCAUGUUAUUCCUGGAAAAUUUCAAAAAAAGACUGGACGUUCGCUUGCAAGGUAUCUCUAACCCAACCAAAAACAAUCAUCAAUAGAAGUUUCCAGGGUAGUUCCAACUCCAACGACGAACAAAUCGAAUGUUUGUGUACCCACUUAUCCAUUUUGGCCGGCUAUGUAUACAACAACCCAAUUAAAAUCGACAACGUCACCACAGAACCUGAUUUCGAAAUGGUACUACUCAACUCGUUCAUCGUCUUUAUUACCUUAAGCGCAAUUGUCAGCCUCUACUGUCUAUCAAUCCUCCUAACCCCUUUUAAAAAAACACCCAAAACCAGCAUCUUCCUCCCUGCUGACGUUUCCACGUCCGCUCGUUACGUCUACUUAGUUGCUAUCCAAACCGGAAAUAAACGAUCAUCCGGUACCACCUCAAACAUCUGCAUUAAACUCCUCGGUACCCAAAACCAAAGCGAAAGCCACGUUCUCAACUACCCAGACCCCCACAAAAAGAUUUUUCGAAGAAACAACACCGACUGGUUCGUGGUACCAACAAGUCAUCGUCUGGGUGAACUAACACAAGUUGCUUUAUGGUCGGACUAUUCUGGUCGGAAUCCUAGUUGGUUUUGCACUGAAGUGACCGUCCACGACAUGCAGAACAACCAAAAGUGGUACUUUGAUGUCAAUACGUGGUUCAAUUUACCGCCACAGGGUCGCAUUUACGUUGAGGUGCAAAGUACUGAAGAAACGAAAAAGCGUCGGGUACUGUUUCCAAGAGUGUGGCCGAAGCGGAGCUACCAAAACGAGUUUGGUUCCUUCGUGAAAAUGACUUUGUUGCUGUCGAUUUUUGUGAUGAUGUUGGGGUACUGUGUGGUACUGAGUGGACUUCCGUCGUUAACUCUGAAGGACGGGUUUGCCAAAUUCGAAAAAUAUAAAUUUGACUGGAGUGUAGUAUGGGUGGGGUUUGUAAGUGCCGUGGGUACUUUCGUGUUUCACGUGAUAGUGGUGUGGUUGCUCAGAAAUGGUAACAAAUUUCCAAAGCGAGUAACCACCAUGAUUUGGAUUUUUGUAGCGACUAGUGUGACUAUGUUAAUCGCUGUUUUAACAAUUUUCGGGUUUUGGGUACCAACAACCAACGGGUACUUGUGGCUGACGUCCGUCGCUGUAGCCACUAUAUUCUAUUUUUUUAUUCUGGAAAACUGUUACGAGCUUUGGUUAAACUUCCAUAGCCGGAACAAACUAACCCGGCAGAUGAAUUUGACUAAAUUGGUACUACCCAUAGAAGCCCAAAGAUCGCACGUAUUUCGAAAAUUUGGCGAAUACGUUCUGCGACCGUAUUUUACCCACUUGUACCGGCCACUGAGCGACGAAGACAUCAAAGAAAAGCGACUAAGUACACAAAUGAAUAAAAGAAUUCUGGCUCUCCUAGAAGACACAGUUAUGUUCGCGUGUUACGUCACUCUUCUGUAUUUAGCAAUCUUCGCCUACAGGAACCACCUAUCCACUAAGAACUACAACCAAAUGAAAAGUCUGCUCUCCGGAGAACAAAUUCGUACCGACGGGUACGACUCCAUCACCUCCAUUGAUGACAUCUACCAGUACAUCAACGGUACUCUAAUCCCCACGCUACAUGCGCACCAAUGGUACGGAAAAUUCGUGGUUCAAGAACCCGGAACCAUGACCGACUUCCACAACAAGUUCCUCGGAGUGGUACGACUUCGUCAAAGACGGGUGGAACUACACCCGUGCGAAGACACCUCCAUUGUUAAUCAAAGUUGUCGCUCGGAAUUCGGGUUUUCCCAAGAAAGCUACGUUUAUUUUGGUCCUGAGUACAACGACUUGGCGCGGUUGGCUCACGUUUGGAAUUAUAGUACCGCCAGAGAAGCGGGACUUUCGGUUUAUGUGGGCAAAUUCGGGAUUUACUACGGUGGCGGGUUUUUGACUCCGUUGGGUCGUACUAGGUUCAAUUCCUUCGCCAAUUUGUUCUACUUGAAGAAUAACAGCUGGUUGGACUCGGCUACAAGUGUGGUACUGAUUGAAUUCUUAGCGUACAACGUCAACACCAAUUUGUUCUCUUCGGUGAAGAUCGUCUUGGAGAGGAGCGCCACUGGGUACACCCGAAGCAGACUCGAUUUAGUUGUUUCUCAACUUUUGUUUAUCAAGAAUGAGGAAAGUCUUGGUGGAUUGGUUAUUUGGUUGUCGUUUGGUACCGUCGUUGGUAUUUUCACGUUGAAGUUCUUGUCAAGACUCUGGAACGAGAAACUUUUCUUCUGGAAAGAUUUAUGGACUUUGGUUGAUCUACUAAUAGUUGGUUUAACAUACGCGACUUUUUUUAUGUAUGUUCAUAGAGCUGGGACCGUGAAGGAGUUCCUUGACAAACUCGAGACGGUGAAGAAAAAUGAGUUCAUUCAGUACUUCGAGUUAGUACGUGAAGAUAUAAGUUUUACUUUCGUUGCAGCCUUUCUGGUGUUUGUAGCUACUAUCAGGUUAUGGAAAACGUGCAGCUUUGCUACUAUUUUCAAAGUUAUGGAGCAAACUCUUGUGUUAGCCGUUGGUCCGAUCCUCUUGGUACUAGUCUUCCACAUGACCCUUCUGAUAGCAUUCACUCUCGGAGGGUACUUACUUUUCAACAACAUUUCUCCAAAUUUCAAAGACAUUCGAGACUCUCUUGUCACUCUCAUUCUUCUGAUGCUCGGUUUGCAGAAAAAUUUCAGUUUGAAAAACCUUCUUGAAUCCAAUCCUGACAUCGGAAAAUUUUUCUAUGCUGCCUAUAUGCUCACGAAUUUGUUCUUCUUGACGGUCUAUAUCUGUGUGAUUAUGAUCCACUACUACGAAGCUCGACUCGUUUCAGGUGAAGAGUUCGCCAAAGUACUCCACUUCUUUUCAAAACAACUAUCUUUCGUCAAAACUUCUGUCAAACUAGCUCUGGUACGACUCAAAGCUGGUAGUACCAGAACGCGUCAGUUGGUAACCCCAAAGUCAGACGAUAUUCGUUACGCUAACUGUAUGACGUUAUCGUCGAACAAGUUGCAACUGAUGGUUUGCAUAGCUCUCAAAGACUUGAAGACCAUGAGACAAGAAGACAAGUUUGAACUGAUGCAGAAGGUUGCCAUUUCGUCACAGAACGUUGACAAGAAUGACAUAUUCUAUAGAAUAGACGACGAAAGAGGCUCUAGAAUCAUUCAUGACGAUAAAAUAAAAAGAGUGGCGGCAGCUGCUGAGAUCGUUUUGACUUACGGGCAGAAGAAAAGGGAACGACGGAGAAAGAAGUACCGGAAGAUAAUGACGCACCACCUAAUCAAGCUAGAUUUUAUCAGCCAAAUUUUAGACACGAUGCUUCACGUUUUGUCAAAUAUCGAAAUCGAGUAAUAAA